AUGGGCGUGGGUCGGCUUGGGGCAAUAUGUCUGGUCCUACUGGCGUGUAUGGCCCCAGCUCAGGCCACUGUCACCGUUGCGAUCGCGCCGUACAUCAACGCCGUCUCCGCCACCAGCUCGGACAGCUACGUCUCCUUCAACUUUGACUGGCACACGGCAAGUGAGGGUGCCAGCUGGGUCAACGCUUCCGUUCUCAACAUUGAUUUCGAAAAUCCCCGCCUGCGUGCCCUGGCUCGUGCCAUGGCCCCGGCCUACCUGCGCAUCGGCGGGUCGGAAGGCGAUCUGGCCAGUUACCUGGUCAAUACCCAAGCGCCACCCAGCGACUGCGCUGCCAUGCCCGAGUUUUGCCUCACCAUGCCUCGUUGGCGCCAACUGAUCGAGUUUUGCCAGGACACGGGUCUUCGUCUCGUCUUUGGCCUCAACAUUUGUGCGGGCCGCAACAACACGGGCGCCCUCCCCUGUCAAGACCCCAACGCGCCGUGGAACGGCACCAAUACCUUUGAACUUCUCCAGUACACAGCCCAAAACAAUCUUACCGUUGCUGGCUUUGAGCUGGGCAACGAAAAGCAGGGGGUCCUGUCCCCGCAGCUGGCGGCUGACGCUUUCAUCCAAACGCGUGCUUGGAUCAAUCAGCUCUGGCCCAACGCCACCACACGGCCCAAACUCGUCGGCCCUGAUCUCAACCCACGAGCUGACUGGCUGCGCGCCUUUCUCACUGCUGCGGGCCCUGGCACCCUGGAUGCCGUGACCUACCACCUCUACAUUGGCUACGGUGUAAGCCCGGACCUGCUGCAGCAGCUCACUGCCGCCUCCACCUUUGGCUUUAUCGGCCGUGUGGCCGGCCCCAUUCAACGGUCUCAGCUGGCCACCGCCAGUACUGCGGAGCUCUGGGUUGGAGAAACUGCCGCUGCAUGGCACUCUGGUCAAUCCGGCACCUGCAACGCCUUCAUCUCCGGGUUUUGGUACCUCAACCAGCUGGGCAUGCUUGCCUCGACGGGGCACAAGGCUCACUGCCGCCAAGCUUUGGUCGGUGGGAAUUACGCUCUUGUCAAUCAGACCAAUAAUUUUACCCCCAACCCCGACUACUACACCGGCCUCCUCUACCACCGCCUCAUGGGCUCUCAGUACAUUGACGUCCCGCAGCAAGAGCCUCAAAGCGCCGACCUGCAGGCUGAUUUUCGCUCUUACGGCGCUUGCACCGCCGGAACCCACAACGGUUCCAUUACCAUAGCCUACGUCAAUUCCUUCAACGAGACCGUCGACUUGCUCCUGCGCAUCCAACGCCUCGACGGUUUGCCCGACAACCUCGGCAAUACUUUCUCAGCUUACUUCUUGACCAGCCCAAAUCUGCAAUCCCUGACCGUCGACCUCAAUGGCGUUACCUUACACAUGCUAGAUGAGACCACCCUUCCCAAUCUCUCAGGACACCAGCAACCCGUGGGCAGCAGCAUCACCAUCCCCGCCCUCUCCUAUGGCUUUCUAGUGUUUCCAGAUGCCAAGGCAGCAGCUUGUUCCUAG